AUGAAGUUCAAGAGCCUGUUGUUGUCUCUGCUGCCAUUGGUCGGCUCCGUGUACUCUCAAGUCGCCGCACCCUACGUAGACUCCGGCAAUGGCUUCGUCUUCGACGGCGUCACCGACCCGGUGCACAGCGUCACCUAUGGAAUCGUCCUCCCUCAAGCAUCCACCAGCACAGAGUUCAUCGGCGAAUUCGUUGCGCCCAACGAGGCACAAUGGAUUGGAUUAGCUCUCGGAGGAGCCAUGAUCGGGAACCUUCUUCUCGUCGCAUGGCCGGAUGGGAACAAAAUUGUGUCUUCGCCUCGCUACGCGACCGGAUACACAUUGCCGGCAGCGUACGCGGGACCGACCAUUACCCAGCUGCCGUCGAGUUCAGUCAACUCGACUCACUGGAAGUUUGUGUUCCGCUGCCAGAACUGCACAGCCUGGAACGGCGGAAGCAUCGACCCCUCCGGCACCGGCGUCUUCGCCUGGGCCUUCUCGAACGUCGCGGUAGACGAUCCCUCCGACCCCAACAGCAGCUUCGCUGAACACACUGACUUCGGCUUCUUCGGCAUCAACUUCCCCGACGCUCAGAGCUCCAACUACCAGAACUACCUCGCAGGCAACGCGGGGACUCCCCCUCCCACGUCCGUUCCUAGCGGCCCCUCCAGCACUACCACCACCACCGGUCCCACCGCUACUGCUACGCCGUUUGACUACAUCGUCGUCGGCGCUGGCCCUGGUGGGCUCGUCACUGCCGAUCGCUUGUCUGAGGCCGGCAAGAAAGUCCUACUUCUCGAGCGUGGCGGACCCUCGACUGCGGAGACCGGUGGCACGUAUGACGCCACAUGGGCCAAGUCUGCUAACCUCACAAAAUUCGACGUCCCGGGAUUGUUCGAGACGUUGUUCACCGACACUAACCCUUUCUGGUGGUGCAAGGAUACCAACUUCUUUGCGGGGUGCCUGCUUGGUGGCGGUACCUCGGUCAACGGAGCUCUCUACUGGUACCCCAACAGCCGCGACUUCUCCACCGCGAGCGGGUGGCCGAGCAGUUGGGGCAACCACCAGCCGUUCACUGACAAGCUGAAGCAGCGCCUACCGAGCACGGACCACCCCUCCGCCGAUGGACAACGUUACCUCGAGCAGUCCGCCACCGUCGUCCAGCAGCUGCUUUCGGGCCAGGGCUACUCGCAAAUCACGAUCAACGACAACCCCGACUCGAAGGACCACGUAUUCGGAUUCAGCGCAUUUGACUUCCUCAACGGCCAGCGCGCGGGCCCCGUCGCGACGUACUUCGAGACCGCGCUCGCGCGCAAGAACUUCGUGUACAAGGACAACGUACUCGUCACGCAGGUCAUCCGCAACGGGUCGACGAUCCUCGGUGUCCGUACGAACGACAACACGCUCGGACCGGAUGGUAUCGUGCCCCUGAACCCGAACGGCCGUGUCAUCCUCUCCGGUGGUUCCUUCGGCACUCCCCGUAUCCUCUUCCAGAGCGGUAUCGGGCCGACGGACAUGCUCCAGACCGUGCAGAGCAACGCCCAGGCCGCGGCGAACCUUCCCCCGCAGAGCGAGUGGAUUAACCUGCCCGUCGGACAGUCGGUGUCUGACAACCCGUCGAUCAACCUGGUCUUCACCCACCCGAGCAUCGACGCCUACGACAACUGGGCUGACGUGUGGUCCAACCCCAGGCCCGCGGAUGCCCAGCAGUACUUGCAGAGCCGCUCCGGUGUGUUGGCCGGUGCAUCCCCUAAGCUGAACUUCUGGAGAGCAUACGGUGGCAGCGAUGGCAUCACCCGCUACGCGCAAGGAACUGUUCGCCCUGGUGCAGCGUCCGUCAACACAUCCGUUGCGUACAACGCGAGCGAGAUCUUCACAAUCACUCUCUACCUGUCCAACGGUAUUCAGUCCCGCGGCCGCAUUGGCGUCGAUGCUGCCUUGAACGCGAAGGCCCUCGUCAACCCAUGGCUCACCAACUCCGUCGACAAGACGGUCCUGCUGCAAGCCCUACAUGACGUGACGUCCACCAUGAAGAACGUGCCUGGCUUGACGAUGAUCACCCCCGACAACACGAUGACGCUCGAGCAAUACGUUGCCGCCUACGAUCCGGCGACAAUGUGCUCCAAUCACUGGGUGGGCGCCGCGAAGAUGGGCACGAGCUCGUCCACCGCAGUUGUCGACGAAAACGCGAAGGUGUUCAACACGGACAACCUGUUCAUCGUUGAUGCGUCCAUCAUCCCGUCGCUGCCGAUAGGGAACCCGCAGGGAGUGCUGAUGUCGGCGGCGGAGCAGGCGGUUUCGCGCAUUCUGGCGCUUGCUGGGGGUCCUUGAGGCGGCGCAAAAGCAUUUUGGAUGUCGGGCUGCGUGGGUGGCCCCGUCGUG